AUGGCGACAAAGACUUUGGCUUCCUGUAUCUUCUGCAAGAUCAUCAAAGGUGAAAUUCCCAGUCUCAAGCUUCUUGAGACAGAUCUUUCGUAUGCCUUCUUGGACAUCGGCCCUCUAUCGAAAGGCCAUGCCCUUGUCAUUCCCAAGUAUCAUGCAGAGAAAUUGCAUCAGCUUCCAGAUGAACAUCUUACUGACAUCCUGCCGAUCGCUAAGCGGAUCGCCAUCGCGCAAGGUGUCGAGAACUACAAUAUUCUCCAAAAUAACGGGCGUAUUGCUCACCAGGUAGUAGACCACGUUCAUUUUCACGUCAUUCCCAAGCCCAGCAAUACCGAUAAGGAGGGUUUGGUGAUAGGUUGGCCAACGCAGCAGAUUGAAAAGAGUGAACUAACAAAGAUCUUUGAGGAGCUCAAGGAGAAGAUCUAAAGUAGAAUGGCGAUGAAUACAAAUGUACAAUUAGAUGUUAUACAUACAAUAUUGAUUCCUUGAAACAUCAGAUAACCAAAAAAAUAUAGUAUUGC